GCCCCGCCCUUCUCGCCUCUGCUUCGGCGGUUUUCAUCCCUUCAGAGCGGCCCCUCCCCACCUGGCUAUUUGGUUGGCCCUCGCCCUUAGCGUACGUCAUUCACCCGCGCCACCCGGAAGCCGCGGUUUAUAGCAACUGUUCUUAUUGCCGGCGGCUCUAAGGAGCCCAUCAUGGCGACGCCCCCUAAACGGCGGGCGCUGGAAUCCACAGGGGAGAAAGUGCUGCGCUAUGAGGCCUUCAUCUGCGACGUGCUGCAGCGGGACCUGCGAAAAGUCCUGGACCAUCGUGACAAGGUAUAUGAGCAGCUGGCCAAAUACCUUCAACUGAGAAAUGUCAUUGAGCGACUUCAGGAAGCUAAGCCCUCGGAGUUAUAUAUGCAGGUGGAUUUGGGCUGUAACUUCUUCGUUGACACAGUUGUCCCAGACACUUCACGAAUCUAUGUGGCCCUUGGAUAUGGUUUUUUCCUGGAGUUGACUCUGGCAGAAGCCCUCAAGUUCAUUGAUCGUAAGAGCAACCUCCUCACAGAGGGCUUAGAGAGCUGCAAGGCCUGCAGAAUUUCCCGGAGACACCUCACCAUUGACUUCUUCCCUGCCUCCCCAGACAUUAAAGAGCCUGAAUGCCUUUGAGUCACAUGGCCCUUCUUUCCCCACCUCAACCCCUGCUGUUUGCUCAAGUGCCCUGAUUCUAAAGCACAAAGUUAUCUGGAGGCCCAGAGAUCCAGUCUCCGUGUGAAACCUUUAAAGCACCCCUGAAGUCCCGCCUCCAGCCUGUUGCCUAGCAACAUUUGCCACUUGACUUUCUGCUCUGCCCUAUCUUCUGUCGCCUUGGCAACCUGGGCCCCCCACCUGGCUCUUCUUUCUGUUUCUUUUCCUGGACAUAACUCUUUGAAUUAUCAUAGAGAAUGGGCCCGUUCAAGGUGGAGGUUUGUUCCCAAGACACUCAUUCCUGGCCCUAAGUUUUACCCCUCUCCCACACCCUAAUCAUUACUGGGGUACCUUAGAUUACGCCCACGCCCGUCUCGGCUAAACCUUGGCCUCACCCCGCUUCUAAAUAGUUCCAGCUUCCACCAAUGGGCACAAAGCCGAAUCCCUCCCUCCCUGGUCCGGCCCCUAUUCUAGGUUGAGUCCAGCUUCCGCCAAUCAAUGCAGAGCCAGGUUCCGCCCGUUUAUAACUGGCUGCUGCUCGACGCUACCCUCGUAGGCAUUUAGUUUCCACCACUCAACGUCCCUUUGCGUGCCUGGCGGCUGUCCAGCCCUCCUAUCUCUGUCCCCUUCUAAACUCGUCUUUUCUAGCCAAUCACUA